UGAUGAAAAGAGAUAUUCAGGUGACCUUGACCUAUCUUCGAGUAUAGUACUUCUGCUUCACUUGAGAGUUCAGGACCUUCUAUUCUCCGGCUGCUAUCACUAUUGACUUUCCUAGAACUGAACGAGAAACUGUCAAAAUGAGAUUCCCUUUUGCGGGUCUGGUACUCACCGUCAUUGGUUCUGUCCAGUCAAGUCCUGUUGCCCAAGCUGCGAAACCACCACAAUUCUUCCUCAUCGGUGACUCAACUGUCGCCGUUGAUGGCGGUUGGGGUAAUGGGCUCCUAUCGUACCUGAACGCCCCAGCCAAAGGCGACAAUAGAGGUGUCAGUGGCUCUACUACCGUAUCCUGGAAGUCUAAUGGUCGCUGGGACACUCUCAUCAAAGACAUCAGUGCGGCAAAGGCCGAAUUUGAGCCUGUUGUGACCAUUCAAUUUGGUCACAAUGAUCAGAAGGUCAUGCAGCUGAAUGACUUCCAUGCCAACUUGGUCGACAUUGGCAAUCAGAUCAAAGCGGCUGGCGGAACACCGAUUUUCAUCACUUCACUCACGCGCCGCACCUUCCAAAACGGAGAGGUCGUCCAGAACCUCAAGGAAUGGGCUACCAAGACUAUUGCAGCUGCUGGGGAUGUCGGCGCCCAAUAUCUCGAACUGAACAAAGCCAGCACUGACUACGUCAACGCCAUUGGUAAUGAGAACGCACAGCGUUACAACUGGGGAGAAGGUGAUAGGACGCAUCUGAAUCCAGCUGGCGAAAUUGUCUUUGGAAGAAUGGUAGUGGACUUGUUACUGGAAAAGCGGGACGACUUCUCAUCGUAUUUUACUCCCAACAAGGCGCUUAGCGAUAAGAUUGCAAAGGGAGAGUUUGCUACUGGCGACGAGUAGCUCCGACAACAGCGGGACCUAGCUUCUGUAAUGGAAAUAACAUGUAUUUUGCUAGGUAGAUUGCAGCACGAACCAAAGUCGGAUUAUUAGUUGUCAGGUGGCUUCUGCGCCCAAACCACCUUUCCGCGAAAGUACCCGUGGACCUUCUUUGACCGAAUCUCACGACGGUACCUGGCGGCAAAGACGUGGAUCUCCUCUCUACUCCACCCCAGUAGGUUUGCGAUGAACAUUAGAGUGCCUUCGACGUCCUGUAGGAUUGCAGCCUGGAAAUAUUGACCAGCCUCUUUGAGCUUGGGAUCUUCAGGCCAUCCGCCGAUGGGCACCUGGCUUCGGUUAGAAUCUAUGAGUUGGACGUAUUGUAGGAUUUAAUACAUGC